UAUCGCAAUGAAUGGUAUUAAGCCGGUAAGAAAUCCUCGCCCACCAGCACUGCCACCAAAUUUACUAUCUUAUCUGUUUCGGGAGUACCCAUCCCAACGCAGAGAGACAACAACAACACGGUGAGCUGAGAUUUGAGGGUUUUUUCAACAUUACAAUUUAAACUUCAAUUUGAGUUACCGAUUUGAGUUACGAGCGAUGUAUCAUGGGAAAUGGCACAUGAGUUGGCAGUUUUUCAAACCAACAACUUCAACGAUCGUCAGGAUCAGGGUGAGGAUCGUUUCUCCCGAUCGUUUCGGAUGCGGCGCGCCUGUUGUUGUUGGCCAGCGAGCGACCAUUCUCGAUACUUCCCGGUCCUGGCAACAAACAUCAGGUCGGUGGCGGCAUCGUAAACAACAACUACGUCACUCCUACCGGGCUGGGUGUCACACUACCACUCCGUUCCUUGCACACAUUCCGUCACAGAAACUGGAAAGCCGUGUUUCGACGAUCAAGCAGGAAUCCGGUUUGGAAGAUUGGCCAGCAGCAGCAACAGCAGCAGAAUGGUGACGAGGAUGGGCUCGGGCAUUAGAAUAUUUUUGAAUGCUUAAUAACAGACGGAACUGCCCGGGCGUGCAUCAGUCGUGUGUCGCCUAUCCGAGUGGAGUGUGCAGGCAGAGAGCUUAAUCUGGAGAAAGAACCAGCCCCGAAACAAGCGCGAUCGAGUGCGAGUGAUACCAGUGUGAAUAGUGUACGGCGAUCAGUGAGAUAAGAUAAAAGUAAAAGUGUACCCAGUAUCUGUGUAAUUAUCGUGAUCUGAGCCAACAUGCCGGAGUAUCAGUAUCUGUCCGGAUUUGGGUCACACUUCAGCUCGGAAGAUGCCCGCUUCCCGAACGCCCUGCCGGUGGGACAGAAUUCACCGCAAAAGUGUCCCCACGGGCUGUACGCGGAGCAACUUUCUGGCAGUGCGUUUACCGCACCGCGCACGGAAAAUACCCGCUCCUGGUUGUACCGCAUCCGGCCCUCGGUCGUACAUCAACCGUUCAAGCGGUUCGAGGGUGUGGCACAGUUCCUGCGCGGAACUGGCUGGGAAGAGCAGCACCCCAACCCCAACCAGAUGCGCUGGAACCCGUUCGAUCUGCCGGCGGCCGGAAGCGAGGUGGACUUUGUGGCGGGACUGCAUACCGUGUGUGGGGCGGGCGAUGUCCGCGCCCGCAAUGGGCUGGCCGUGCAUGUGUACCUUGCCAACUGUUCGAUGAAGGAUACGGCGUUCUACAACAGCGAUGGCGAUAUGCUUAUAGUUCCCCAACAGGGUCCACUGGACAUAACGACCGAGUUUGGCCGACUGUACGUAAAGCCAAACGAGAUCUGCGUCAUUCCGCAAGGCAUCCGGUUCAGCGUAGCGCUGGAAGGACCGUCCCGUGGCUACAUUCUCGAGGUGUACGAUGGUCACUUCCGGCUGCCCGAUCUGGGCCCUAUCGGUGCCAAUGGGUUGGCCAAUCCGCGUGACUUCCUAACACCCACGGCCCAUUUCGAGGAUCGCUCGGUCGAGGGGUAUCGCAUCGUGUCCAAGUUCCAGGGCGCACUGUUUGUCGCCACCCAGGGCCAUUCACCGUUCGAUGUGGUCGCCUGGCACGGUAACUAUGUGCCGUACAAGUACGAUCUCGCCCGCUUUAUGGUGAUCAACUCGGUCAGCUUCGAUCAUUGCGAUCCGAGCAUCUUCACCGUGCUGACCUGCCCCAGCAACCGGCCCGGCACGGCGAUCGCCGAUUUCGUCAUCUUUCCACCGAGAUGGUCCGUCCAGGAGCAUACCUUCCGUCCGCCGUACUAUCAUCGUAACUGCAUGAGUGAAUUUAUGGGCCUGAUUUUCGGCCGGUACGAGGCGAAGGAGGGUGGCUUCAUGCCCGGCGGUGCCUCGCUACACUCGAUGAUGACACCGCACGGGCCCGACCAUCGGUGCUUCGAGGGUGCGUCCAAUGCGGAACUGAAGCCGGAACGCGUUGCCGAUGGGACGCAAGCGUUCAUGUUCGAAUCAUCGCUGAGCAUGGCGGUAACGCGCUGGGGCGAGGAAACCUGCCAAAAGCUGGACGCCCGCUACUACGAAUGCUGGCAAGCGCUGGAAAAGCAUUUCCAUCUGUAAUUUGGCUCACCGGAAAACCGACGACAUUUAAAUCGAUUUUUGAACGUGUACCAGCUGAACUGAAACAACAAUUUUUUACCAUGUUUGACUUGUCGGUUACCAGGUGUUAUUGAGCAGUAGUACACUUCUUUCAUUUCUUUUUCAUUACUUUCCCAUUUUCUUUAUUCGCCUUUUUUCACCUUGUAUCGCUUGUGUAUCGUUGAUUUUACUUGUGCUAUUCCUUAGUUUCGGUUUCUGCUGUUGUUUUGGUUUUACUGGAUUUGGUUUGUUUGUUUGUUUCUUUUGUUUUGAUAAUUACGGAUAUAUGUAUAUUUUUUAAAGAAGCAAAUUUGUUAAAAUGAUGCACCGGGCCGCAUUUUCUCUCCUUCUUUAUGGUUUUUUGUUUUUUUUUUCUUCCUUUGUUUUUGUUUCCGUGCUUAAGUGCGUCACGCAAUUCCUCAAACAGUGAAAUUUGUUUGAAAUUUUCAUAGGUUUUUUUGUUUGUUUUGUUUUACUUACGUUUAUUGUGCUUUUGUUUUUUUUGUUUUCGGUGCAAUCUUCACCCCUCUUGUUUUACACCAUUGUUUGCUGAUGCUUCUCGUGCUUUGUCUGCUUUUUUUUUUGAAAAUUAAGUUCUGCAAUUCGAUAAAUACACGAUCGUUAUCACCGGUGUUUUUGUGUA